CCUACAAAACCACAAACAUAUAAUUUCCAUGGCGUGAUAGAGAAGGUUAAACUGAAACGUUUCGAAAAAUUUUCAGCAUAAAAACGCGAUAGAGAGAAGAGAGAGAAGAGAGGGGAUGCAAAUCACAUGAGAGUGGAAGAGUUAUCUCUUACUACUCAUUCACCGUUACGAGCACAACCUCUCUUUCUCUUCUCUUCCAUUCAGAUUCAUACAUAGCGGCUCUUUUUCUCUUCUCUUCUCUUCUCUCUCUUUCUUCCCAGCUGCUUCUCUGAAACCAUUGGACAAGUUUGAAGGUGAAGAAGCUGAUGGAAGAGAGCCUCGUUUUCCAGUGGAGUGUCAUCAGAUCUCUCUUGUCCAUCCUUCAAUGGUGGGCUUUCAAUGUCACUGUAAUCAUCGUCAACAAGUGGAUCUUCCAGAAAUUGGAUUUCAAGUUUCCCUUAUCAGUAUCCUGUGUCCACUUUAUCUGCUCAACCAUUGGAGCAUAUGUGGUAAUUAAGGUGCUGAAGCUUAAACCCCUGAUAACGGUUGAUCCUGAAGAUCGCUGGCGAAGAAUCUUUCCAAUGUCAUUUGUGUUCUGUAUCAACAUAGUGCUGGGGAAUGUGAGCCUUCGAUACAUUCCAGUUUCUUUUAUGCAGACAAUAAAGUCAUUCACACCUGCAACGACAGUUGUUUUGCAAUGGCUAGUGUGGAGGAAGUAUUUUGACUGGCGUAUUUGGGCUUCUCUUAUACCCAUUGUUGGAGGGAUUCUUCUCACGUCUGUAACAGAGCUUAGUUUUAAUAUGUUUGGAUUUUGCGCUGCUUUAUUUGGAUGUUUGGCUACGUCUACAAAGACUAUACUUGCAGAAUCGCUGCUGCAUGGGUACAAAUUUGACAGCAUAAACACAGUUUAUUACAUGGCACCUUUUGCAACCAUGAUCUUGGCGCUUCCUGCCCUGUUACUUGAAGGCAAUGGAGUUCUUGAAUGGCUAAAUACUCAUCCAUAUCCUUGGUCUGCCCUCACCAUUAUUUUUGGCUCCGGGGUUUUGGCUUUCUGCCUUAACUUCUCCAUUUUUUAUGUGAUUCACUCCACCACUGCUGUAACGUUUAAUGUUGCUGGAAACCUUAAGGUUGCGGUUGCUGUCCUUAUUUCUUGGCUGAUAUUUAGGAACCCAAUUUCAUAUUUAAAUUGCGUUGGAUGUGCCGUGACUCUUGUGGGAUGUACAUUCUAUGGUUAUGUCAGGCACAAGCUCUCUCAACAGCCACCAGUUCCAGGAACUCCUCGGACACCCAGGACCCCUCGCAGUAAGAUGGAGUUGCUUCCUCUUGUAAAUGAUAAAUUAGAAGAUAAGGUCUAGCAAUAGGUACAAAAGGAUUAAAGUGACUUUCGUAAUUUAUUCCGUAAAAUUACCCCUAAAUCUAUAAUACUAGCUUCUUUCUUUUUCUUCAACCCUCCACCUUUAUCAGUUAUUUUUUUUCCCUAGAGCAUAGUCAAAGUUUUAUUGCUUCCAUUAUUCCUUGUAUGGAUAGACUUAACAGUAAUUCCAUUAUUCAUGUGAUUUAUAAUAGAACAGACUUAACAGUAAUUUCUACAGAUAGACGUUCAAGGCUGAAAUUGCCUGUAU